AAAGACAGGGAUGGGUCACUUGUAUGUGACAAAAGAUGGACUUCGCCUAGAAGGAGAAUCAGAAUUUUUAUUCCCAUUGUAUGCCAAAGAAAUACACUCCAGACUGAGCCUCGCACAGCCCUAUCAAAGAGAAGGAACUGAGGCUUGCUGCACAAGCCUGCCACUGCUGCACAGCGCUAAGGUCGAGAGUGCUGGCCGGGACAAGAGUUCAGGGAUGGAAGCUGGAGGUCUUGUCACUAUGGCUAAAGACCCCUUGCAGCCUGGCUCUGUUGGCCACAGGUGGAAGCAUGUGAUGAUAUCUGCUGGAACUUGGAGUUCUUGCUUCUGGGUGCAGCCUCCUCACAGGUUCCAGGAGCAGCCUACAGAUGCAUCAGGAGAAGCGAGAGCACAGAAGUACGGAGAAUUAGUGCUCAGCAUUGCAUCACCAGAAGAUGAGAAAAGUCCCAAAAUGGUAGAGGUCCAGAAUCAGCAGUUUCAGAUCAACUCGAAAGAUGGCAAGCCGCUGUUUACUGUAGAUGAAAAGGAAGUUGUAGUUGGCACAGAUAAGCUUCGAGUAACUGGGCCUGAAGGAGCUCUCUUUGAACACUCAGUGGAGACACCCCUUCUAAGAGCUGACCCAUUUGAAGACCUAAGGUUGGAAUCCCCCACAAGGAGUCUCAGCAUGGACGCGCCAAGGGGCAUUCAUAUCAAUGCUCGUGCUGGUAAAAUUGAGGCCCUUUCUCAAAUGGACAUCAUGUUUCAGAGCAGUGACGGAAUGCUUGUGCUGGACGCUGAAUCCGUGUGUUUGCCCACGUUGGUGCAGGGGACCCAAGGUCGCUCUGGCAGCCUGCGGGGCCUCUAUGAAGUCUGUGCGUGUCCAGAUGGGAAGCUGUACCUCUCUACGGCAGGCGUGGGCACCACAUGUCAGGAGCACAGUCAGGUCUGUCUCUGAACUGCUGCCUGUCGGGAGACCACCUGCUUCCUUCCUUUUCAGGAGCUGAGACCUGCAGCCUAGAGCCUUCACACCUAGGGGUCCCAGGUACCCACUGAGACUGCACAAAGGAGGACUCAUUUUCCAAAGGAAUCCCCAAAGAAAAGUAUGGCUGAGGGGG